AUGGCUCAGACUAUGAGUUGUAUUGAUAUGAUAAAAAUGAUGGAUAUAGAUGAUAGUUCAGAAGAUUCUGAAACUACUUCACCAAAUGAAGAGACAGAUAUUGCAUCUGUAAAAUAUAAAACAUAUUUAAGUAUUACAAGUUCUCAAGUACAUAAAAAUCUCCAUGCACUUCGGUACUUACAAAAGGAGUCAUCAAAAAAUAUAUUUGAUUAUUAUCGAGUUUGUAGUUCUGAGGAACUUAUUUUAAAAGACCAAGAAAAGAAAAGUAAUGAAGAAAUGAUGUUGUGGAUUGAAGGAAAGAAAGAACUUUCUAUCCCAGAACAAAUGAAAUUUGUUGUUGACCGAUGGAAUACACCUUCUAAUACUGCAAAGUUUAAAGGUAUUCCAUGUUUUUGGGGAAGAAUUAUCAAACGGUUACCAUAUUUUACACCAAAUACAAAAGAAUAUCCAAUUAUUGAGUUUAUUAAAAAUAUUGAUGUUAUCAAAAAACCAUUAAGCAUUAUACAAAAUGGAUUUCAAGUAAAAUAUCAAAUCAUAUUCCAAUAUAAUGAAAAUGAAUAUAUUUCUAAUGGUGCUUCAGUUGAAUUAACUUAUGUAUUACCUAAGGAAUUUCCAAUCAAUCAAAUUACUGAACCAAAUGUUUCAAUUAUUAAUGACAAUACGUGGAAAAAUAAAAUUGAACUUGAAGAAGGAGACUUGUCUCAAAAAACAAAUUUUUUUGCUGUAUUUAACACAGAUAAUAAAGACAAACAAUUUAUUUAUUUCUAUACAUUAGCUAAAGAGUGUGUUACAAAUAAAAUGCGUUGGUUUGAUGAUUCUAUUGUUCAAAUAAAAGAUAUGAAAAAUUUAAGUUGGAGUUCUAUUAAAGAAUUUGACUAUGCCAGUGAAUGUGGAGAUAGACUAAUUGAUGAGAAAGCAUCGCUCCCUUGCGUACAACAAUAA